UGCUCGUGACGUCAGCGGUGCACCUGCGAGGCGCUCUGGCGCAUCAUCUCACCGGCGCUGCUUUAGAAUGAACGAGAGCGAGCCGCGCCGCGCCGCGUCCGAGCGAACCGCCCGAACCGCCCGAACCCCACACGCUCAGACUCCGCUCCCCCCGCGGAACUUUGCGAGCGACACGCUGGGCUCUGCACUCACAUAGAUGACCGUGCAAAACGCGCGCCUCUCCCGUUUCGCUCGCAGAUGACCGCCGCGGCAGCUAUGGCAGGGUCGAACGUGGUCUUUUCCGACGUUGAAAGUUUUCUAGACGAGCACCCGGAAUUGUUAGAGGACUACCUCAACAGAAAAGGCAAGGCGAGUAUGGUGGAAAAGUGGAUGAAGAGCCACCACGCCGCCAAAACUCCGGCGAACUCCGGCGCGGAAGCGGAGAAGGCGGCGAACGCGUGCGCGAAAGACAGCUGGGCGAGCAGGAGCGACGGGCUGCAGAGACGAGCGUCGCAGAAAGAGCUGAGGAAAACCUUCGCCAGGUCUAAAGCCAUCAACGCCAACAGGACGUACGACGAGCACGUCAACUCCAGAGCCCAGGAGCCGCUGAGCAGCAUGAGGAGGCGCGCGCUGCUGCGUAAAGCCAGCUCUCUGCCGCCGACCACCGCGCACAUCCUCUCCGCGCUGCUGGAGUCCAGGGUCAACAUCCCCCAGUACCCCUCCACCGCCGUAGACUACAAAUACUACCUGAAGGAGCACAACGAGAGGGAGUUCUUCCUGGAGCUCGUCAAAGACAUCUCCAACGACCUGGAUCUGACCAGCCUGAGUUACAAGGUCCUGGUGUUCGUGUGCAUCAUGGUGGACGCCGACCGCUGCUCCCUGUUCCUGGUGGAGGGACCAGCCAAUAAAAAGACUCUGGUGUCCAAGUUCUUUGACGUGCACGCUGGGACCACAGUGUUGCCCUCUCUCAGUAACUCGGAUGAGGUGCAGGUGCCCUGGGGAAAGGGCAUCAUUGGAUACGUGGCUGAACACGGGGAAACCGUCAACAUUCCCGAUGCGUAUCAGGAUCAUCGUUUCAGUGAUGAGAUUGAUAAACUCACCGGAUAUAAAACCAAGUCUCUGCUGUGCAUGCCCAUCCGAAACAGUGAUGGAGAGGUCAUCGGGGUCGCACAGGCCAUCAACAAGAGUCCCAAUGGAGCACUCUUCACCGAAGAUGAUGAAAAGGUGUUGCAGAUGUACCUGCCGUUCUGUGGCAUCGCCAUCUCAAACGCCCAGCUGUUCGCUGCCUCCAGAAAAGAGUACGACAGGAGCAGGGCUCUUCUGGAGGUCGUGAACGAUUUGUUCGAGGAGCAGACCGAUCUGGAGAAGAUCGUGAGGAAGAUCAUGCAUCGGGCUCAGACGCUGCUGAAGUGCGAGCGCUGCUCCGUCCAGCUGCUGGAGGACAUCGAGUCUCCGGUGGUGAAGUUCACCAAGUCCUUUGAGCUUCUGUCACCCAAGUGCAGCGCCGACAUGGAGAACAGUUUCAAGGACAGCAUGGAAAAAUCGUCCUAUUCUGACUGGCUGAUUAAUAACAGCAUUGCAGAGCUGGUGGCCUCCACCGGGCUUCCUGUGAAUAUCAGCGAUGCUUACCAAGACCCACGCUUCGACGCCGAAGCAGAUCAGUUCUCUGGCUUCCACAUUAGAUCCGUCCUAUGUGUUCCUAUCUGGAACAGUAACCACCAAAUCAUAGGUGUCGCUCAGGUCUUGAACAGAUUAGAUGGGAAACCAUUUGAUGAUGCAGAUCAGAGGCUGUUUGAGGCAUUUGUGAUUUUCUGUGGACUGGGAAUCAAUAACACCAUUAUGUAUGACCAAGUGAAGAAGUCCUGGGCCAAACAGUCUGUCGCUUUGGAUGUGCUGUCAUAUCACGCCACUUGCUCUAAGACGGAGGUGGAUAAGUUUAAGGCAGCAAACAUCCCUCUGGUGUGUGAACUGGGCAUUGAUAAACUAUCGUUUGAUGACUUCUCUCUGGAUGUGGAUGCCAUGGUCACUGCGGCUCUGCGGAUGUUUAUGGAGCUGGGAAUGGUGCAGAAAUUCAAAAUAGACUACGAGACGCUCUGUCGGUGGCUGCUGACCGUGAGGAAGAACUAUCGCAUGGUCUUGUAUCAUAACUGGAGACAUGCAUUCAACGUUUGCCAGUGCAUGUUUUCCAUGCUGACGACGGCUGGCUUCCAGGAGACUCUGACUGAGAUGGAGAUUCUGGCUCUGAUAGUGGGCUGCAUCUGCCAUGAUCUGGACCACAGAGGAACCAACAACGCUUUUCAGGCCAAGACGGGAUCAGCUCUCUCUCUUCUUUAUGGGACAUCGGCCACACUAGAGCACCAUCAUUUCAACCACGCUGUUAUGAUCCUGCAGAGCGAGGGUCACAAUAUUUUCUCUAACCUGUCGUCACAUGAGUAUGGGGAACUCAUGCAGCUCCUAAAACAAUCCAUACUGGCCACAGACUUGACUCUCUACUUCCAGAACCGGAAUUCCUUCUUCGAGCUGGUGAAUAAAGGUGAAUACAACUGGAACGUGAAGGAGCACCGAGACAUGUGCAGGUCCAUGCUGAUGACGGCAUGCGAUCUGGGCGCUGUCACUAAACCCUGGGAGAUAUCCUGCAAGGUAGCGGAGCUGGUGACGAGUGAGUUUUUCGAGCAGGGAGACAGAGAGCGAUCAGAACUGAAACUGACUCCCUCUGCCAUUUUUGACCGAAACCGCAAAGAUGAGCUGCCAGGUCUACAGCUGGAGUGGAUUGAUGGGAUCUGUGCCCCGCUGUACGAGACGUUCGCCAAGUUAAACCCAAAACUACAGCCAAUGGUUGACUUGAUCAAGGCCAAUCGCGCCAAAUGGGAAGAGCUUCACCACAGACACCAGCGAAGCCAGGAAUCCAGCAGCCCCGGCGGCCCGCGCAGCGCAGACGCCGCGUCGACCAACUGCAGCUGCGCAGGCCCCAGCGACGCCGGCCCUUUUCAUUCCGUGAGCUAAAUCUGGAGAGAGAAACCAGAUUUCGCCGCACGCUUCUCUCUGACCCGCAGCAAUGCAGACGGAAGGAGUUUCGACCUCUGCUGCAUGCAUCGGACCAGCAGCCAUUACCUCACUAGCGCCCCUCUAUCGGGCAUUUGCUCUGUCCGCGAGCACUUCAGGUUUGCGUUCGUCUCCGCGGUGCAAAGACUGCACGUUUAGCUAGCAACGGAGAACCUUAGGGAUGCGUUUACGCCCAGAAGCUAACUGGCUGAAUUAGCUACCUUAGGGCUAGCAUGCUAACAUAAAGACCCCUUCGUGCGUGUAAGCUACUUUCAGCAGGGACCGUUUAAGAAGGAUUGCCGCUUUUUGAAAGGUAUGAUAGUGUAUUUUUCCCUUUGUAGCUUCGAUCUCGUCGAACGGACACAUAUCCUGAGCACUGGAGCUCGGUUCUGUUCUGUGCGUACGUCAUGUGAAGACAUGACCACUGCGGGAUUUGACUCUGUGUUUUGCCUUUGUUGUUUUAGCUGACGUAUUUAUUCCAGGAUCAGGGGUUUGUGGAGCCGUGGGGCUCUUGGCAAUGCUUGCAAUGCAAAUCCACUCCAGCGCUGUACUCCGUGCCUUGGAAAAACCCUACGAUAACGCAUGCAGCCCAUCCUCGACAUCCCUCUCCUCUCUAGUUCACACCGCAUAUCAUCACGGUUUUUCCCUCAUGUCUCGGGCCUGUUUCACGUCUUGAAGGUAAGCAGUGUGGUUUUAUUCCAGCACCUGUGAUGAAAAAUGUAAGUUCUGGCACCGUUUUUAAGUAGGGGUUUGCGAUAUGCAUCUUCUACGGUGAUAUCGUAAUUGUUUCAACCCAAUGCCAUUCGGCAUUAUCAAGUAUAUUGCAAAAACCUAACAAUAAACAAGUCUACUAAACAAAAAAGCUAAUAUUAGUCGAGAUGCAGUUUAGACACAAGGUACUGUUUUUGCUCUGUAGUUUCAAACAAAGCCACAGCAGAACUUUUGCAUCUUUUGAACAAACAACAGUUGAGUGAAUGAUACAAUGACUCGCUCAAGCUGUGAUUUGCCACAUGAUAGUAUAUUUUACCUUUUCCAAUAUCAUUUAGAAUAUUUUUUUUUACAUAAAAACAUUAAUAAUGCAUUUGUAGCUGCAGGUUAACUGCAUUCAUGUCCUGUGUUUAACAGCUUAUGUGAAUGCACCUGAAUGCCGUUUUUUUUUUUCCAUUAUCGCACUCCCCUAGUAUUUAUGAUGCAAAAAAAAAAGAAAUUAUUUAGAUAUAUACCAUGGUGCAUUUCCUAGAAUCAUAGUUAACCGACUAUACUCGCAAGUUCUGUCAUUACCAAGCAACGUUUUCACUGAUAUGGUUUAUAAAAUGUUCAUAUUUUGGUUUUGGGAGUCCCAAACAACAGGUUGACAUGAAUGCAAGGUAAAAAUGCCACUUUAGUUGUCUUAUAAUAUGCAUUUAUCUUAUUUGCUCAACGACUCCCAAACAAUUCGCUCAACGAUUAAUUUUUCCUCCUUUGUGUGACACUAAUCAGUGCUAACUGUGCUAACUCAUUAUGCCUGAUAAAGCAGUGUUUGUCAAUGCAGUGCUGCUUUGUGUGCAGCGUUACCAGGGAAACAUAUUUUAAUUCUCCAAAAGUACCUAGCACCUAGUGGUGAAAAAUUUAUUUGCAUUUUUAUUCAGACCAGUUAAAGACCAACAAGCCAUGGGGAAUAUGCUAAAGUUUCAUGUUGAUGCUAACAAUCCCAGCUUGGUGAUUCAGAUUCAGAGUCAACUCUGCUUUUUCAGAUUUAAAACUUGCAGGACAUUUUUGUCCGGUCUGUAUCACACAUUGCAUGAAAGGUCAUUUUCAAACAUCUAUAAUAGGGGCACUUUAACCAAAUUUGUCCAAAGAAUAGAUGUGCGACAAAUUUCCUACUCGCUAAGAGCUAAGCUGAGAAUAAUCAUACUGUGGUACUUCAUUAUAUGUCCUCAUUCUAGGAAACACACCACAGCUUCCAGCUUCAAAAAGACUCGAAAGGCCUAAAAGUACCAUAGAAGCCAUACAAUAGAUAUCUAGAGUUUAACUUUAUAUUUUAGGUUUCAUGUAGUUACUUAUGACAUACUUUUUGGCUACAAAUGCGAUGCCUCUACUCAUACGUACAUUUUAUGAUGAAACACUUUGUGAUAAUACUGAUUUAGUAACCUAGAAAUUGUUAUAUGUUUGUAAAGUUUAUUUAGAAAAAAACAAAACCUAAAUUAAGGGGCGUUUACACAAAACGUGUUUUUCCAUUCCAGCGUGCAUAGUUUUUUCUAUGUAAGCGCACUAGCUCGACAUGUAUGACCGUUGCUCUCUCAUCUCACGCAAAAAAAGGCAACUUUUACACGCAGCGCCACCCAUAUAUGGCAUUUCCAAAACAGUGGACCAAUCAGAAGUCCCCGUAGGCGGGGCAAGCACGGAGAGCUUUUGUUUGGCAUCGCAACCGUUUUUCCAGCGAUCAUCAAAACCUGUUUCUUCACAAAAGGAGCCUGAUAUUCUCUGUCUGUUCUGCUUUUCUGUUGUUGCGUCGCGUCUCAAAAGCGCGUCUCGAGUCCCUUGAAUUUUAAAACCCUUGCUGAGCGUUUUUAGACACGUUUUGUGUGUACGGCCUCUUAGGCUGGAGUGAAACAGGCCUUACAUCCCUUCUUUGUUUUAACCACAUAAAGCAGCACCCAAAAUCACAUACUUCCCUACAUAGCGUACUUCCCUACAUAGUAGAUAGAAAGCAGAAUGUGAAAAGAGCAUUAUGUCCAAAUUCACAAUAUUCGUAAAACAUCAGAAUACUGAUUCUGAAGUGCCCAGCUAAUGCUGUUAGGUUACAUGAUGAAUGUAUUAUGUUCAUAUUUAGUUCAUAAUACACACAUUCAGACUAUACAUACCAUUUUCAAGUAAUUGCUCACUGAGAGAGUAUGUGAUUUGGGACGCAGCCGUGGUGUAUGGAUUACCUCAAAGCCAUCCCUCAUCCCAGACCCACACAGAACCUGCAGAACUCCACUCAAGUUCUAUACACUAUUAUUAAACAGCUCGAAUAAUUCGCUCAUGUUUUCAGCUACUACAGAAGUGCAUUACUCUCGUCCGCAGACCGCCUCUUAAACGUCUGCAGGUUCUAUUUGGGCCUAUUUCUAACUUCAGACUGCUUUUUUCCCGCCAUAAGAGUUCUUGUGAAACUGUCGGUUUAAUCUGAGACAUGUAUGUGCCUUCACGAAUUAAAAACCUACUUCAGUGCACACAAGCAUCAUUACAGGAGCUCACUGUAGGGAAAGUUAGCUUGUUCGUAAAUGAAGCUCUAAUCUGUCUGAUCAGCUGGCUAAAAAAAAUAUAUGUCAAGAUAUUUCAUCCCAAAAGGAAAAAAAUCAAAUAAAAUCACCUAGUAUCAUUUAGGACCAUAAAGUUUAGUUUUUUUCUUUCAGCUGCAACACAUUUUCUGCCAAAAUUUGCAAGUCCAUGCUUUCAGAGGCCUGUUACAUAAAAAAAGUCGAUCAAAUAAGCCAGGUUUAUUUCAGUUAGUCUGACUUAUUUCCAGUUGAUAUGGUUCAGAAUAAGUCAGACAAACUGCAAUGAAGCCUGUUUUAUGAAACAGGCCCCUGGUCUACACUUUAAAUGGGAAUGCUAACAGGCAUAACAACACAAAACCGUCACCUAACCGUCUCUUUUUAGUUUUCCUGGGGGAAAUCUAUGACUAUACCGUAGUAUUUUGUAAAAAUAAACCCCGUUGGCUGAUGGGAAGGGUUUUGGGGGCUGUUUAAUGUACCUGCUUGCUGUCAGAAGUGGCCUAGUGUGCGGAGCUAACAGUUUAAAGUGUUUUUAGUGGCUCGUGAUCAAACCUGAGCAAGGUCAGAGGUCACAGGGUUGGUUUCCCACGGCUUCUCAGAAAGUCUUCCUCCGUUUAGCGAAAGCAUCCAACGUUUUGAGGGCAGCUAUAACGCACAACCGCCAGCAUUCCCUCAGAUCAGACAUUUGGUUUCUCUCCCCUGUCCCGGGCUCCUCGGCGUCCCGAAGUGGACUCUGGUUUGAUACGUGACUGCACUUUGAUCAUCGUGUCGUGGUUUGAGAGCCUCCUUGUGCUAAAGGCCCACCUGCUUUUGGGAAAUGAACAAAGAUCAGACGUCAACCGAUAAAGAGUAAAAUGUAACUGCAUGAAGAAGCGUGCGCUUCAGAGCUGAACGAGAUUCGUCUGUAACUCAUUAUUCAGUACUUGAUUUAAUGUACCUGCAUGGAAGCAGCUGUUGCAUCGCGGCGGGGAGGAACAGUUUCAUAUUGUGCAACUGCAUUAUUCAGAAUGUUUUACAUUAUUCCCAAUGAUUUCUUGGGGGAUUGGUUCUUGUUAUUACAACUGUUAGAUUCUUCUCUGAGGCAUUAUGUAAGUGAUGAGGCUCUUUUGAAUCGUCUUGUUCUCUUGGUUCAACUCUCCUUUUGUCUGGCAGAGAUUUCGUGAGAAGCAUGAUUUCUGAAAGUGUUAAACUGUCCGAUUCAAAUAAACGUGCUGCUAGUAAUGAU